ACAUAGUAAUUACAUCUCUACAGUCAAUGAUCUGGACUCUAUUGAUGCAAAAGAAACAAAAAAUCGAGUGAAUUUGGAGGAUUUAAUCCAGAAGCUUGAAGGGUUGAAGAUAUUCUUACUUCUGCAGGUUCUUAUAAUGACGGACUGGAUUUUUUCAUUCCAGGUUUCUUUUGAUGGAUGUAUAAUAUAAUUAUUCUUACAUGCCACAAGAAGGGAGAUCUAGACUAAAAUUGGAGGUUGAUUGCCUCUGUUCAUACCAACAGUGCAAGUUAAUUUGUUAUUGAUGAAUGAACAUCCCACAGAUAAAUCUGUUAAUACAAUAUAGAAACUUGUAUGGAUAGCUUUAGCUUUGUCUCAAUCGUGUCACAUAAAAGAGAAUCAGUCUCAAUGUCCAAAAACAUUUGCUCACUUCCAAUGGUAUGCAUAUUAUUCUUGGCAGCAGUUCAUACUUCAUACAUCCCAGUUAUAGCUAGCCCAUACUAGUAUCUCAUCCAAGUUGAUAAUAAUUCGUUAAAUUAUCCUUAAAACUAUUAUGUAAUGAGAAUUUGUAAGAGUCAGCCACGCAGCCAGAGAUGUGGUUCAUCAUGAUUUCACCUGUGGUGAGCUCAGGUUAACAUUGAAGCACCCUUGCUAUCCUUCAAUUUUUUUUAUUUAUUUACAACGAAACGAUGAUGACUGGAGCAAAAAAAGUUUGCAGAUCCCUUGUUAAUCUAGGUCCUUCUCUCCUCCAGUUUUCUUCACUAUCAUCACAAACGCUUGAAGAAAUCAAAGCUGCAGUUGAAGCCAAAGACUACCAACAAAUUCCUGACCUUCUCAUUUCCUACAAACAACCUUGUCAAAACCCCAAUCCCUUCUCAUUCCUCUCCACCAUCCCUAACAAUCACAGAAUUAAAGUCAUUGAUGAUAUUUUGCGUUCUUUCAUCCCUCUCAGACCCCGCUCUCGCCCUCAACUUGCCUAUGAUUGCCUCCUAUCUUAUGCCCUCCAAAGUUCCAAUCCCCUCCCUCUUGCUCUUGCCAUCCUCCAACGUACUCUUCGUUCUGGCUGUGUUCCUGUCCCCCAAACGCGCCUUCUUCUUUCUUCUGUAUGGCUUGAGCAAAGACGCCAAUCUCACUCUGUCGCUGACAUUCUGUUAGAGAUGCGGUCCAUUGGGUAUCACCCGGAUUGUGGCACUUGUAAUUACCUUUUAUCGUCUCUCUGUGCUGUUGAUCAGCUGAUGGAAGCGGUUAAAGUUUUGAAGGGGAUGGGUAGAGCAGGAUGUUUUCCGGAUUCAGAGAGUUACAGCAUUGUGAUUGGUGCAAUGAGCUCAUUCAGGAGGACCGAUGAUGCAGUAGAGAUGUUGAAGGAAAUGGUGGCAAAAGUUGGAUUGGUACCGAGGCAUGCAACGGUGGUGAAAGUGGCAGCCGCAUUGCGGGCAAACAGAGAAAUGUCGAAAGCAGUUGAUGUGAUUGAGUUAUUGGAGAGGGAGAAAUUUCUUGUUGGAUUUGAGAGCUAUGAGUUAGUUGUUGAGGGGUGCUUAGAGUGCCAUGAAUAUGUUUUAGCAGCGAAGGUGGUGAUGGGGAUGACAGGGAGAGGAUUUAUCCCAUAUAUAAAAGUUAGGCAAAAGGUGGUAGAGGGGCUGGCUAGUAUUGGUGAGUGGAAGGUUGCUUGUGUUGUUAGGCAAAGAUUUUCAGAACUCAAGUCUUAGGUUUGUUCGUAGAGAGUUCUUGAUGGAGAAAGGAAUAAAAACACAUAACCAGGCAUUUGAAUCUGGGAACUAAUAAUAUAUGGCACUUGUUUCUUCCUGCAAAUUUUCAGAGUUUAUUGGGGCUGAAUCCCCAGCAGCUGUG